AUGUCGUCCCAGCAUUUGUACACACUAGCAGACCAGCUAGGCGUAUUUGAUUCAGAACUCGAUCUGGACCUCAAGAAACCUCACGACAACGUCGAGAAACACGGUGAGAAAGAGGACUUCACCUAUUCUGCUUUGGAAUCGCCCAACAUCUCGGAAACCAACACGCUGCCGAUCGAGUCCACCUCGCGCUGGACGAUAGGAUGGGUGACACCGAGUGCGAUUCUGAGCUGUUUCUUGAUGGCUGUAACCCUGGCUAUAGCUCAUCUGGGCCUUUUCCGAUGGCUGAACGAACGACAAGUUGAUGACAGCAUCAACCAGCCCUACGUUACAGCGCUUUCAUAUUUCUUCGUCAACGGAUUCCGAUUACUCCUCGCCGCCUCGCUGGGUAUCUCGUUUGUACAAAUAGUAUGGCAACUCCUACGAGUAAAACCUAUACAACUCGGUGAGCUUGACGGGUUGUUGUCAGUCCUGAGCAAUCCCUUGCAACUGGGUCGAGUUAGUCUUUUCUGGAGGGCGCCAGUGCCGUUCCUUUGUGCGAUUGCGUUCUGGUGUCUUCCUAUCGCGAUGGUGUUUCCGCCCGGUGCUUUGACGGUGGAAACAAGGUCACUUACGAAUAUUACUGAACAAGCGGUUCCAACAUUUGACCCCACGUUUGUCGGGAAUGGGACAUAUAAUGGCAUGUUGGCGACGGCUCUGUGGCAGACUGAUAAUCUCGGUGCUUAUGGCGGACCUGCGAACAUAGUCAGAAGGCUAGCAACGCAAUCAAUGCUCGCAGGGUCGUACAUUACCUCACCAUCACCGUGUGGUCAAAACUGUUCAUACACCAUCGACGUUAAUGCACCGACCUUUCAAUGCAAUGAAUCAUCCGUAUCUUCCGACCUUUUCAGCUGGGUCAACCACACCUACCCUCAAUACGGUGCUUUCCGGUAUAUAUACGCCGCACAUGCAAACAGCGCUGCCCUGGUUGAAUCACCAUAUAAUUUCAAUUUCCAGCUUUCAUGGUCCAACGGCGGCUUAACAGGACGUUUACAAAACCUCAGCUGUACGGCUUAUGAGGCUGUGUAUACAUUACGGAUUGACUAUCGGGAAGGGCUUCAGACAGUCACGACGACGAAUACGCAGUUGGGCCCGAUGCUGAACAGUUCGAACCUAUACACGGACUAUGGAAUGCGUCCUGUGAAUGGAGGCAACGGUACCGAUCCGAUUGUUGAUGCUACUUCAACAGCCCUGGGCGGAGACAAUGUCAUGGAUAGUAAUAGGAGGGCCAACAUGGCAGCAAUCCAAGACACGCUUGCUGACUCAUUGUCUGGUUUUAUAGACGCCUUGUUAUUACACGCCCAACAAACAGCCAACACACUCAUAGCCCUGACUGAUCUCUACUCCGGCCCGACGACAUCCCCUACUUUUGAUAUUACCGAAGAAUCGAUGAAACACCUACUCGAAAACAUCGUCAUAUCAAUGCUAACCCUCAACCAAACCACCACGCAAACAAACGUCACACAAGCAAUAACGGUCAACGUAUUCUCGUUCAGCAACCCAGAACGCCUGAUAGUCCCAUAUUUUCUGUCAGCAUGUAUAUCACUAGCUUUCAUCAUCGGCGGUGGCCACGCCCUGCUGAGCAACGGCAUCUCAGCCUCUACAGGCGGACUAUUUCAGACCUUAUGUACAACUCGCGGCAGUGAGCGACUGGGCGAUUUGGCUGCCAAGGGCUGCCUGGGUGGGAGGGAGAAUGUGCCCGAAGACCUGAAGAAUUUAAAGGUUAUGUUUGGCGUGUUUAAGAAUUCGGAGGAUUCCAGUAAUAAGCCGAUGGCUGGGUUGGGGACUGUGGAUGAGGUUAUUCCGUUGGUCAAGGGAGCUUUUUGA